UUGAUGGCCAUCCUCCUGCCAUCUGCCAUCUGCCAUCUGCCUUCGAAUCGCCCCGUCAUAGCACUGCGCACUGGGCCAGUCGUCGCCGACCUCUCCGCCACCGACCUUUCCCGCUUCUACCGCACUCACCAAGGCUGGCGCUCGGGCGCGAGCGGCCUUGAGCGCCAGGUGCAGGUGGGCGCAGCGGCUUCAGAGCUACGGGUUGUCCAGCGCGACCUCAAGCUGAUGGAGUCUUCCCCGCACUCGUGGUGCGUCGAUCGUUGCCUGGCCACCGGGCAUUGCGACGCGGCCGAAGACAUGCUCCAGCUGACGACCAAAGAAGUCAUUGCAUUCUGCGAGGCGUGUGGCGCAGAGGAGUGCGAGCUCCCGGAAGCAGCGGACCCGCAGCGCGCACGCGCUGUGGCCGUCGCCAAGGCCGCCGACGGCGGCUCGGGGUCGCUCGGCUGAGUCGUGCAUCAGCCCUGGCGGUGCUCCUGUCCCCCGAGGCCGUCGUGUAGUAAGCCAUGGCGGUGCUCCCUCCCCGACUGAUGCUCACGUAGUAGCCUCUGCAGACCCAGCACUGAUCUCGUCGCAUGCUUCGUGCUCUGUCAUGCCCCGGGAUGCCCCGCUCUCUUCUUCCAGGGCCUGGUGGUGCACUCAAGGAGAGUUUUUGUUGACACAAAUCCGCAGAGCCCGGGGACGUCCCGCGCGCGCGCCGGCCGCCGCGCCGCCGGCGGCGGCGCGCGGCCGUGGCCAUAUACA